CAUACCAGUCAACAUGAUCGAGUCCAUGGAUACGGAAAGGAAGUAAAGGGAGCGAAUAUAGAACUAACAGAGCUACAUACUUUUCAUUAUAUUCAAGUCUCUCUUAAAUAUUUUACUGCAGUUUUAUAGGAUACAUAUAGUCACAGUCCUGGAAUAUUUUGCCUAAGUGCCGUGUAAACCAUACCUGGAUACGCAAAACGCACGGCUCCAAAGUAUUUUCUAAUGGCAGAAGACACCUGCCAUGAAUGGGAACAGGUCAAGUGGCUAACUUGCUAGCGCGAAGGUCCCUAGCAAGUUGAUUCAAACUAGUACCAAACAUAGGGGUUCUGCGUGCCUGACGGUAAUUGGAAAAUGACGUUUGGACAAGGAAUAUUGACCGAACCAAACUUUGAGGAAAUAUAUGUGUUUUUGUAAUUGGUGUGGCUAUUUACACUAGCCUAUAUAUUGUUGGGGUUUCGUUAAGACUUCGCAUUGGGGACUAUGUCAGUCAACGAGCUUUACACUAAGUACACACGGGUGUGGAUUCCCGACCCGGAAGAUGUGUGGAAGUCAGCGGAGAUCGUCCGCGACUACAAGGAGGGCGAGCCCGUCCUGCACCUGAAAUUGGAGGAUGAGUCGCCUUUGCAGUAUGCCAUUAAGCCCAAAGACGACCAGCUUCCAUUUCUGCGGAACCCUGAUAUUUUGGUGGGUGAAAAUGACCUCACUGCCCUCAGCUACCUUCACGAGCCUGCUGUGCUCCACAACCUCAAGGUCCGCUUCCUGGAGUCCAACCACAUUUAUACGUACUGCGGAAUUGUCCUGGUGGCCAUCAACCCGUACGAGCAGCUGCAUAUCUAUGGAGAAGAGGUUAUCAAUGCGUACAGCGGGCAGAACAUGGGAGACAUGGACCCCCAUAUAUUUGCAGUGGCCGAGGAAGCUUAUAAGCAAAUGGCUAGGGAUGAGAGGAACCAGUCCAUCAUCGUCAGCGGGGAGUCUGGGGCAGGGAAGACAGUCUCCGCCAAGUACGGCAUGCGCUACUUCGCCACGGUUGGAGGCUCGGCCAACGACAGCAACGUGGAGGAGAAAGUGCUGGCGUCGAGCCCCAUCAUGGAGGCCAUAGGGAAUGCCAAAACCACUCGCAAUGACAACAGCAGCCGAUUCGGCAAGUACAUCCAGAUUGGCUUUAACCGGCGCUACCACAUCAUUGGUGCCAACAUGCGCACCUAUCUGCUGGAGAAGUCACGAGUCGUAUUUCAGGCCGAGGAUGAAAGGAACUACCACAUCUUCUACCAGCUCUGUGCCUCUGCCCCCCGGUCAGAGUUCAAAGACCUGGCUUUGACCAGUGCAGAAGACUUCACCUACACCUCCAUGGGAGAGAACAUCUUCAUUGAGGGUGUCAACGACGCUCAGGACUUUGACAAGACAAGAGAGGCAUUCUCAUUACUAGGUUUCAAGGACACUUACCAAACUGGCAUCUUCAAGAUAAUUGCCGCCAUUCUGCAUCUGGGCAAUGUGGAGAUCUGUUCUGAGCGAGACGGAGAGUCAUGCCAUAUCAACUUGGACGACCCUCACCUGGAACAUUUCUGCCGCCUGCUGGGGGUGGAGCAGAAGCAGAUGGAGCACUGGCUGUGCCGCAGGAAGCUGGUGACCACGUCCGAGACCUACGUGAAGCCCAUGUCCCUGAAGCAGGCCAGCAAUGCCCGCGACGCACUGGCCAAGCACAUCUACGCGCACCUCUUUGACUGGAUCGUUGAGAACAUUAACCGGUCGCUGCACACCGCUGACAAACAGCACUCAUUCAUCGGUGUGCUUGACAUCUACGGAUUUGAAACGUUCGAGAUCAACAGUUUUGAGCAGUUCUGCAUCAACUAUGCCAAUGAGAAGCUUCAGCAGCAGUUCAACUCGCAUGUAUUUAAAUUGGAGCAAGAGGAGUACAUGAAGGAACAGAUCCCAUGGACUCUCAUUGACUUCUAUGACAACCAGCCGUGUAUUGAUCUCAUAGAGGCCAAGCUGGGGAUCCUGGAUCUCCUCGAUGAGGAGUGCAAGGUGCCAAAAGGAACAGACCAAAACUGGGCCCAGAAGCUGUACGACCGCCAUUCCAGCAGUGAGCACUUCCAAAAGCCCAGGAUGUCCAACUGCUCCUUCAUUAUAAUCCAUUUUGCUGAUAAGGUUGAGUAUCAGUGUGACGGGUUCCUGGAGAAGAACAGAGACACCGUCUAUGAAGAGCAGAUCAACAUUCUCAAAGCCAGCAAGUUCCAGCUAGUGGCAGAUCUUUUCCAGGAUGGCAAAGAGUCUUCUUCCUCCUCCUCCUCCUCCUCCUCCUCCUCCUCCAGCAAGUCCUCCAGGAUCAAUGUGCGUCCUGCCAAAACCAUUCCCAAAGCCCCCAACAGAGAGCACAGGAAAACAGUGGGCCACCAGUUCCGCAGUUCCCUGCAUCUUCUGAUGGACACACUGAAUGCCACCACCCCUCACUAUGUGAGAUGCAUCAAACCCAAUGACUUCAAAGAAGCCUUUUCGUUUGACUCUAGGAGGGCCGUCCAACAACUGCGAGCAUGCGGUGUCCUGGAGACAAUCCGUAUCAGUGCUGCUGGAUACCCAUCAAGGUGGACGUAUUCAGACUUCUUCAGCCGGUACCGGGUCCUUAUGAAGAAGAGGGACAUGGCCAUAGGGGACAAGAAGCAGGUCUGCAAGAAUCUGCUGGAGACUUUGAUCAAGGACACAGAUAAGUUUCAGUUUGGAAAGACAAAGAUAUUCUUCAGGGCCGGGCAAGUGGCCUACCUGGAGAAGCUCCGUGCUGACAAGUUCCGCAACGCCUGCAUCAAAAUCCAGAAGACGGUGCGAGGAUGGCUACAGAGGAUCCGCUACAGGAAAAUCCGCAAGUCCAUCAUCACCCUGCAGAGAUACGGACGGGGUUACCUGGCACGCAGGUAUUUGGAGCAGCUGCGUCUGACCAGGGCUGCUCUGAUCUGCCAGAAACAGUACCGCAUGGUGCGUGUGCGCCGCGACUUUCUGAGGACGCGGAAGGCUGUGGUCACCAUCCAGGCCUAUUACCGGGGCAUGUUCAUCCGCCGGCUCUACCACGAGUUCAUGUUGCACCACAAAGCCACCAUCAUCCAGAAGCAUGUGCUCGGCUGGCUGCAGAGGAGGAAGUAUCGGCGGGCUCGCAACGCCGCCAUCAUCAUCCAGUGCGCCUUCCGCCGGAUGCGUGCCAAACGACAGUUCAAGCAGCUCAAGAUCGAGGCGCGCUCCGCCGACCACUUCAAGAAGCUCAACAUGGGCAUGGAGAACAAGAUUGUCCAGCUGCAGAGGAAGGUGGACGACCAGAGCAAAGAGUACAAGACCCAGGCAGAGCAGUUGACCAUCACCAACAACUCCCUGAAUACCGAGGUCACCAAGCUGAACAAGGAGCUGGAGACCCUGCGCAGUCGCCAGGGCGACGGCACGCAGAUCAACACCCUCCAGGAUGAGCUGGAAAGGCUGAGGGUGGAGCUGGAGGAAGCCCACGCACAAAGGAAGCAUCUGGAGGAGGAGCACAGCAAUGAGAAAUUUGGACUGGAACAGAGAGUGGAGGAGCUGGAGAAGGAGAAUGUGCUGCUGAAGGAGGAGAAAGAAGAGAUGAACCAGAUGAUCCUGAACCAGGCCAAGAGCUCAGACCAGCAGCUGAGUGUGUCCCAGAAGGAGAGCAGUCUUCAGGCAGACCUGAACGAGGAGCGCCAGCGCUACCAGAACCUGGUGAAGGAGUACUCACGCCUGGAGCUGAGAUAUGACAACCUGCAGGAGGAGAUGUCUCUGGCCAAGUUCCAGCCAGGGCACCGGAGGAACCCGUCCAACCAGAGCAGCGUGGGCUCAGACUCGCCCUACCCCUCCUUCACCCCGUCUGACGUGGGCGACACAGACGACGCGCUGCAGCUGGUGGAUGACAUAGGCGUGGAGAAGGCAGCCAUGGACAUCAGCCUGUUCAUGAAACUCCAGAAGCGUGUCAGGGAGCUGGAGCUAGAGAGGAAGAGACUCCAGAGCAGCCUGGAGAAGAUGGAGGAGCUGUCCAGACGCAAGGGCAAAGGCUCCACCUCCGAGGACGACUCCAAUGCCGACUACAACAUUCUCAAGAGGCAGGAGCUGGAGUCGGAGAACAAGAAGCUGAAGAAUGACCUGAAUGAGCUGCGCAAGGCGGUGGCGGACCGCGCGUCGGGGAGCAACGACUCCAACGAGCUGCAGGAGGGCUACAACCUGCUGCUGAGCCAGCUUAGGGCCGCCAACGAGGAGCUGGAGGUGCGCAAGGAGGAGGUGCUCAUCCUGCGCACACAGAUCGUCACCAGCUCCAAGCAGGCUGACACAAGCAACCACAUCGAGAAAUCCAAUGACGAGUCCGAAUGGAGCAACAACAAGAAGCCUGUGGACAAGGAGGAGGCCCUGCAGGCCUACAACGGCCUGUGCGAGGCCAAGGGGCUGCUGGAGGCCCAGCUCCAGUCCCAGUCUCGUCAGCACAAGGAUGAGCUGGUGGCGCUGCACACCCAGAUCGAGGUGCUGCGCGAGGACCUGGAGAAGAAACAGGAGGCGCUGAACCAGAUCAUGGCGCUGUCGCCCGAGGACAAGGUGGAGUACAGCGUCCAGCAGGAAAUCACACGCCUCACCAACGAGAACCUGGACCUCAAGGAGCUGAUGGAGAAGCUGGAGAAGAACGAACGCAAGCUCAAGAAGCAGCUGAAGAUCUACAUGAAGAAAGUGCAAGAGCUGGAGGUGAGCCAGACCACUCAGCAGGCCUCCAAGGCCCGUCCAGAGCUGACCCGGCAGGUGACCGUGCAGAGGAAGGAGAAGGACUUCGAGGGCAUGCUGGAGUACUACAAGGAGGACGAGGCCAUUCUGAUCCGCACCCUCAUCACAGACAUGACACCCAGCACUGUGUCGGGCACGGUGCCCUGCCUGCCGGCAUACAUCCUCUUCAUGUGCAUCCGCCACGCCGACUACAUGAACGACGACCAGAAAGUCCACUCGCUGCUCACCUCCACCAUCAACGCCAUCAAGAAGGUCCUCAAGAGAAACAACGAUGACUUUGAGAUGACCUCAUUCUGGCUGGCAAACACUAGCCGCCUGCUGCACUGUCUGAAGCAGUAUAGCGGAGAUGAGGCGUUCAUGACCCAGAACUCAGGCAAGCAGAACGAGCACUGCCUGAAGAACUUUGACCUGGCUGAGUACCGGCAGGUGCUGAGUGACCUCUCUAUCCAGAUCUACCAGCAGCUCAUCAAGGUGGCAGAGGGCGUCAUGCAGCCCAUGAUUGUGUCGGCCAUGUUGGAGAGCGAAAGCAUCCCUAGUCUGUCCGGUGUGAAGCCCAUGGGCUACCGUAACCGUUCGUCCAGCAUGGACAUGGAGCGGGACGGCCCGGGCGGCUACACGCUGGAGGCGCUGAUCCGACAGCUGGGCCAGUUCCACGGCACCAUGGGUGAGCACGGCCUGGACCCGGAGAUCGGUCAGCAGGUCAUCCGCCAGCUCUGCUACAACAUCAACGCCGUCACGCUCAACAACCUGCUGCUGCGCAAGGACGUCUGCUCCUGGAGCACUGGCAUGCAGCUCAGGUACAACAUCAGUCAGAUGGAGGAGUGGCUACGGGGCAGGAACCUGCAGCAGAGCGGUGCAGCUGCCACCCUGGAGCCCCUCAUCCAGGCCGCCCAGCUGCUGCAGGUCAAGAAGAAGACGUCGCAGGACGCUGAGGCCAUCUGCACGCUCUGCUCCGCACUCUCUGUCCAACAGAUUGUGAAAAUUCUCAAUCUAUACACCCCACUCAAUGAGUUUGAGGAGAGAGUCACUGUCUCUUUCAUCCGGGAUAUUCAGAACCGGCUGCAGGACCGUGUGGAAUUUCAGCAGCAGCUGCUGGCGGACACCAAGUACGCGUUCCCCGUGCUCUUCCCAUACACACCAUCAGCCCUGAGCCUGGAGAGCCUGCACAUCCCCGCCUCACUCAGCCUGGACUUCCUCAUCCGAGUCUGAUCAGCCUGCACAUCCCCGCCUCACUCAGCCUGGACUUCCUCAUCCGAGUCUGAUCAGCCUGCACAUCCCCGCCUCACUCAUCCUGGACUUCCUCAUCCGAGUCUGAUCAACCUCACCCAGCCACCCGCCCACCCUACCUUUCCCAUUAUGAUCCCGCAGGGUCCUAGAGAGAGCAGAUAUCCCUCCUCCCACCGGCCCCCUGUGUUCUAUAAGUCUGACUCUUAUACUAUGAGCGGAGGUGAGCUCUCUCGGUCUCAUGUCUGCUGGGUGGUUUGUUUCUACAUGCUAGGAAAGCAGGGUUGGUCAAGGGUUGGGGAAAGGGGGGGUGGGAUCACUGGAAGGGCCCAAUGCUUGCAGUUCCCUGCAGAUGCCUGCAGAUGCUAGCAGUUGCCUUGCAGUUUUCCAUGACUCUUUGGAACUCCGAUUGAUUGGAUGGGCCUGUAAGUAUGAUAUGAUCUAUAUAUUAGUAUGGGCGGAGCUUAAUGCAACAGGAUCAGCUUAAGUAGUGAGUCCUGAAUUCAAGACACUUUCAUUAUACAGAACAAUAAAGCCAGUGGUGCAGGGAACUUUUGUCACACAGUCUCACCCCUGAAUCCCCGAAGUCAGUGGUUUCGUGGGGGUUAUUUGUCUCGGUGGAGGAUGUGAUGUCGUCUGACACCUGUCAGCCUUCUGAGAUGUGCGGCUCGAGCAGGAGAGCCCCCACGGGCUGCGCCAGCGGAGAAGAUGCUGCUGCAGCGACUCGUGGCCUCUCACGAUCCCACUCGACGGCAGGAAAUUCACAGCGUGGAGAGCGGCUCAAAGCAGCGGAAAAGCCUGCACUGCAGUGGCUCUGUCUGGGGCCGGCGGCUCAUUAAUGUUCAAGAGAGACUCCGUCUCGUCUCGUCUCGUCUCGUCUCUUCUCUUUUUUUCUUCUUCUUUCACUCUUCUAUUUUCUUUUGAGGAUUUUUUUUUCCAUCCUUCGACACGAUCUCUCUGUCUUUUGUGCGCUCUGUAAAAAGCAGUCACACUUUGUAUUGUGUUUGCAUCACUCCUUUUUCAGUGUGUUUUGGGCUGCUUUUUUAUUAUUGCCUCCCCUGCAGCUAAGGUUUCUGUGUGUAUGCACCAUAAAGAGUGUUACAGCUCGCUCAGUGAGCUACAUAUAUACUUGCAGGAAAGAGCGAGAGAUAGAGGAGGCUGUGAGAGAACGACAAGCAGCAAGUAGAGCACAGACACUUUCAGAGGGAGGGUGGAUGGCAUGCACUAAGAGAUGUGUAGUAGAGCAUGAGAAACCAUGCCUGUCCUGACAAGAAACUGAUGUUACACAUCGAAGGCAACGAGCAGGUGAUGGGAAGGGUUUAUCAGUAAGUGAGAAGCAAGUCAGCAGGAAGCCAGAGAAUUGGUGGUUUAGUCAGCUCCAGCGCUACGGUGACCAAGGCCUUUCACUCUUUAGUCCACUCCAGCGCUACGGUGACCAAGGCCUUUCACUCUUGAGAGUGGGAGGGAGAGGACGGUAGGCGAGCAUUAUUGUGCCACACCACUAAAAGCGCUUUCAUUUUGUGUCACUUACCGACCAAGCAGCAACAAUUAACACUUAUUUUAUUGGGAUUUGGACAAAGCCGCUCCAUUUGGGUUCUGCUACAGCUGCGUGUGCGAGUACCAGACAAAGCCUCCAAGAUGUAGCUGGACAGACUCGAGUGGGUGGACAGGGUGGGGUUUUUUUUUAGGAGGGUGGAGGGAGACCAGGGUCACAGGCACGCACACAGCCAGUGUUGCAUAGUAGUUCUGCAGUAUGCGCAUGCUUCUUGUGUGUAGACUGUGUUUUUUCUCUUCUGAGGAUUCUAACGAUCGCCCCCCUCCCCAUAAUCACUGACAGUGUUUCAUGGGAGUGGAAGCCCACAGCUGAUCACUUUGAGAGAGAUCUCUUCAGGACACUGUGUCUCCUUCUUACUAAUGCUUGUGUCUCAUUGCCCCAAAAAGCCUCCUGCUCUCCAAUACUCUCUCUCAUCCCCAAUGGCAAUAAAGAGCUGGGACCAUACCUUCCUGUGCUGGGCUGUUAUUGAACUUGGGUUUGAGUACAUACACACUUACGCCUCUGGUUUAAUUUUUUUUUAUUAUCAAGGUAAUCUUUUUUAUUUGGUAAAGGUGGUUUUCUUUAUGCCACUCAUUUUGUGUACUUUCUCUGUUUUUUGUAUUUAUUUGAUACAGCAGGUCUUGACACCUGGCUUUCUUGGCAGUUUAAGAGGGUGCAAUAUUUGGUUUUCAACUUUUAGUAAUAAACAGGAAACACAUGAAAACACAUCAUUAAUAUUUUGUAUUUUGUACAUAUUGAUAUGCCCUCUUCUGUUAGAUUCUUGGUACUGCACACCUUGGAAAAAAAGACUCAUUGGCUGCAGAUGCCACAUCCACCAAAAUCACAUUGCCUUCAAAACACUACAUUCAAAAAGUUCAUUCCUCUUAAUCAUACUACUGAAAUCUCUGUUGUUUGUUUCGGGUGCCAUCAUAUGUCAUGAUUGUGUCUUUUUUCCAUUGUCUAUAUUCCAAUUUCAAUACAAAGGUUUGUUAUUGAAGAAAAUAGAAAGGCAAGGAUGGGAAUAUUGCCCUGUUUAUGGAAAAAGCAGUCGCUAGCUUUGGAAAGUUUGGUUGCAAGUGGAGUUGCAUCUCCACUGUGUCAUCCUCCAGUUAAGCAGAAAUGGUUAAUUUGUGGAGAUGUUUUUACAUAUAAAUCUAUCUGAUUAAAUAACUUUAUUUUAAGAAAGAGUUGCUAAACUUCAGCCAUAUUUUAAUUAUUUGUGUGGAUUAGACCUGGAAACACUAACAGCACUGUUUAUUCAAGGUUUUUGUAAGGAGUAGAGUUCCCUGAUUUGUUUCCAUUCUCUCAUUGUCAAGUGCAAAUUAACUAUAAUGAAGUACAUGUACAAUCUGAACAAAAGUACAAUGACUAUUCAGAAAAAUACAAUAAAAAAGCUUUGAGCAA